AUGGAAACUUUAAGCAAAGUACAAGUUGAAUUAGCAGGCUAUUGUACAUCGGAUGCUGUAAUUCAGAAAAGCUCAGAGCUAACAAAAAAGUUAGCCGAUAUAGUUAAAACGAUUUUGGAACGAAAUGAAUUUAACGAUGUUAGCCAAUAUUUUAUCAAUCCACCGAAAGACUUUAUAGCUAAAUUAAAAAUGGUUGCUUCACAUGGGCGUGCUAAAUUUAUACAAGCACAUAACUCGAUGGUAGGAAAAAUCAGACAAGCUUUUAGUUUAGCUAUUGAAGCAGCUCGUAAAGCCCCUUUUAGUGAGCGUUCUAUGCGAAUUCGUUCAUUGAACUAUGCAUGA